UACCUCAAGUGGUAUCGCUUCCAACACAUCCCACGUCCCGAUCGAUACCUCGACACUGAAUGCCGUCAAUUGUCGCACUCGUUCGGCUCCUCCAGACUCUACAUCCAGAACAUCACUACCAUCGCAGUCACCGGCACUCUUGUGAUCACUGGUCACCGUUCGGGUGAAGUCUAUGUGAACGACGUGUAUAACGGUGUGGAACCGGUGCUUAUCACUCGCCAUAUGGAGCCCAUCAACGACAUAGCGCUCGUCAAUCUCAUGGACGAGGACAUGUUUGAGUUCCACAAACACACACCCAAUGGUCUCAAUGAGGACUAUCCCACGGAUUAUCCCUCGUUCUCAGCCCAUCACCACAUGGUUUCCAUUAGUUUUGACAAACGGGUCAUCACUUCAGUGAUAGCCGACCACAGACUUCACCGUCACUUCGAGAUGUGCGCCCUUUUGGAGCGAAACUUCAUGAAAGUCCGCGUUUGCAGAGACCUGUUGGCCGUCUCUGAUGAGAGUCAGGACGAAGUGUCGCUCUUU